CCGCCAGACGCCGCCGCCGGCUCAGUGUGUUGUCGUCGGUCAAAUAGAUUGCAUGUGCGUUUAUCGUUAGUCCGGUUUAUUCGAACUUGUGAAAAAACUCAGUGUAAAUAUAAUUAAGGAUCGUGUUUGCAGUGUUGUGACAUUGUAACUCAUGUGGAUUGUUAGUGAUCAUACAUCCGGAUACAAGCUCUGAUGGUUCUCUUUAAUAAUAAUAUGAAAAUACAUGGUCCUUAGUUCAAAAUUAAGAUGACAAUCGAUAGAGCUGGUAGGCCUCCUGCGCCAAGAAGAAGCUCCACUUACAAAAGCUACGAUGAACUUGGUCACAUCGAUAGAGGCAAACCACUUAGACAUCGUCACGGUGGUGUCGAAGAUCUUAGCGGAUUGGAAUCCAGACCACAAAGGUCAUACGAUACCCACGAUUUAGACAAUAUAACUCUCCUUAGCUCUGAAGAAAUACAACGACCAAAAAGAAAAACAAUUGAAGGUCUUGCAAGCGGUUUUAGGAGAACUUUCUCUGUUAGAAGUAAAAGGGACGAAUCGGAUGCAAUACCAAUGGAUACAUUUAGCGUGACCGGUGAAAACUUCGCUACCGUUAGAGGAGCGCCGUUUGGAAGACGUAGAUCUCUUUCUAGAGACCGUGAAUCGUCACUCCUGGGUAGAAGCUCGUCUGAAGGAGACGUGAGAAUGCCGCCUCCUCGAGCUCCACCAGCCAAUCCCACACCACGUCUGCAUCGAUGUCUUCGCGUUCUCGGUGGAAGCUGGAAGAAUCUUUUACUAUUGGGCGGAAUGUCACGCGGGGGCGGCGGCGCCGGCAAGGCGACGACCGCGAAACGCGUCCCUCCCCCCGCGGUGCCAGGGGACGCGUUUGGCACCCCACAGCACCGACACUCGGGUUCCAGUUUCGGAUCCCAAGGGUACGCGUCCUGUGAGGAGCAGGCCUACCCGCAGCCACCUGAUACACCUUCACAUACUCGAGAUGACCAUUCUGACUAUGGCAGCACAGUGUCAGGAGUGUCAGGCGUGUCUGGAGCGAGUGGGAGUCUCGGGAAAAGUCCAGCUGGUGGAGGCACUUUCACAUUUCCACCACCGUCGCAACCGCUCACGCAUAAAGCGGCCGUAUAUUACCAUCACCAGCUGGCCUUAAGUGAUGAUCAGGGCAUCGAUAUGACGCAGAGUCCCGGUAGGGACAGUCCCGGCUCCUCAUCAGGGUCGGCUGGCUCCGGUUCCCGUCACUCAUCAGCGUCGCUGGAUAGUGGCAGAGCGUCGGGAAGAAUGCCGCAUCAUCACCAUGCUUCUUGCCAUUGCGGAGACACCGUUGAUAGAGUUCGAUCUAUGAUUGCACAGGGACUUCCGGAUGCAGACAUCAUUCAUGCAUGGCUAGCCGAUUUACAAAUGGAGGAGUAUGCUCGACUCUUCAUAGAGGCCGGGUAUGACUUGCCGACAGUCACAAGAAUGACUCCAGAAGACCUGACAGCUGUGGGCAUCAAGAAACCGAACCACCGUAAACGCUUAAAGGCUGAACUGGCAAAUCUUAACGUACCCGAGAAUUUGCCCGAUUAUAUACCUGGUUCUUUAGAAGAAUGGCUUCGGCUCCUUCGACUUGAAGAAUACGGCCCAGCUCUCGUAGCGCAAGGAUAUCGCACCGUGCAUGACGUCACACAGCUCGCUUGGGAGGACUUAGAAGAUAUGGGCAUAGUAAGACUCGGCCAUCAAAAGAAAAUACUUUUAGCGAUCAAGAGAGUGAAAGACAUUAGAGCCGGAAAACGAAGCAUAAGUAACCAAGGGUCCCUGGAUUUCACGAGGCUUCAACCUGGACAGGAUUUAUAUCCGAGGGAGCAAUACCAGCAUUGGGAGAGACACGCAAGAAGUUACCAUAAACCCCCCGAUCUAAACUUUGACGCUCUACAAACGUCCCUAUGUGCCACUGACUUGGUCCCCAUCCAGAUACGCCAUCCCCGCGGGAAGUCUUUGGAGAGUUUAGAAGACCCAUCAGAAAGAACAUCCCACACUACAUUCUCCCCUGAAGCCGGGUUUUAUUAUGGAGGCCAAUGGCGGCGUUCGUACGACGAUGGAGAUAUAACACCAACAAAUGAUAGUUAUGAAGGGGGAGGCACUUUGCCCCGACCUAGGGGGUUGGUGAGACCUCGUCCAGUCGCUAAGAUCCAAGCGACUCCGGCGUAUAGAGAUAAAUCUCCUGACUACACAUAUGAUGAGAUCGCUUACUCGGCACGACUGCAGCGCGUCGCUUAUGGAGCGAGUCCGCACGUGGCUAGAAAGCCUCCGCCGGAGCCACCGAAGCGUCAAAGCUCACAGUAUGCGCCUUUUACUCGCUUCGGGCAGACCACUGUGGAAAUUCAUCCGGAGAAGAGCUUGCCCUUGAGUUUGCCAGCUUAUCCUAGUUCAGACUCGCUCAGUGUUUCGUUGGACAGUACAGGACUACUUCCGCCCCCACCUGCCCCCUCUUCCCCACCCCGGAGAUACGAAGAGGACAAAAUGAGAACGGGUUCCGAUGCUAGUUUUAAGUCAAGUUCGAGUACUGAAUCGGACAGCAUUCCAUUCGCCAAUGACAACGCAGGUACGAUUAAGCAAAACCGAAGUCAAAUGGCUGGCAGACCUCAUACCGUGGACUAUGGAAGAACGGGUAUGGGCUUGGCGACGCUCCCUCCUAGACCUACAGAUAAACAACACAUAGAAAAAGAAGAGAAGAGUACAGAACCCGUUGAUGUCCUCAACGAUAUAGGAAACAUGUUGGCAAACCUUACAGACGAACUUGACGCCAUGCUGGAAGAGGAGAAACGACAAGGCCUGACUGAUUCCUAAGAUUUGGCCAAGUAUCUCGAAUAAUGUAGAACAAAUUCCAAAGAUACUAUUGGUACUUAUUUUUUGUAGGUAAUGUGAAAAUUGUUUUGGCCCAGUUUAAAUAAUACGUUAUUGGAUUAACUGUUAAAACCUACUUUAAACUAUGAAUGGAUAAUAUUAAUGAACUGCCUAAUAACGGGUGUUUGUGUUAAAAUCGUUAGCAUUGUUUAUAUGGACAAUACUGCGUUGUUCGCAAUUAUGCCUUUCAUUCAUAAGCAAAGGAAAAAUAUUAUGAAAUACUUGACUUGAACUGUUGACAUACAAUAUUUUAUUAUUGUAACCAUAUCAAAACUUUCAAGGAUUUAAAAAUGUGAAGUGUAGUUAUAAUCUUUGUUAAUGCAAUUUCUUAACAUGCACCUUAAAUGUCAUAUUGGAUAAAUUUUAUACUCUGUGAAAACUGUUUACUCAAUAGAAACUAGUAAGCUAGUCUACUAUUAGCAACACACGACAGUCGCGACCUACUGACGAAUUUGUAUGGAAACGGUCACGUGACAAAGCGUGACCUAAUGUUAUUCCCAUAUAAAUUUGUCUAGCGGUAGUGGCAAGACUGUCAAAAAGUGACGUCUGAAGCCCAUGAUCAGCCCUAUAUUGUUUUAGUAAUCAAAAUACUUUUAAAUACUAAGCUAUCAAAUUUAUCCAAUAUGGCUUUAAAUUUAAUUUAUACAAUUAUGUAUGUAGUUCCUUACUUAAGCAAUAUCUGUUUUAAUUGCGUUAUCUGGAUGAAGCAGAAAUGGCUAUUUUUGUAAAUAAUUUUACUUAAAGUAUGUCAUAGAUAAAUAUAAUAUCCAGUAGUUAGUUUUCCAUGUACAAUAAAAUUGUAGAAUUAAUAUUACGUAGGUGAUUAGUUAGAAUUUAUACAAAAUGGUAGCUUUAGAUAUAGUGUGAAAAGUAGUGUUUCUACAGUGAAUGUAUAAUGAUCCUUCUUAUAGUUUAGAUAUCAUAGACAUAUGUUACAUUCAUAAUAUAAUUUAUUAGUUAUAUCUUUCCGAUUCCAAUAAAUCUACUCUGUACAAUACAUUCAAAAAUGCACCAUACUUUUGCUUAAUAAACAUACUUUCAUAUUUUUUACAUGCAAAACAAUAUCUAAAUGAUCUCUAUGGUAUGAAACGUGAUAUUAAGUGGCCAUAACUAUACCCAAUAAAGUUAUAAACCCA